AAAAUGGUAUGUUAUAUCUGAGAUAUCGGGAUAUAAGUGAGCUGUGAUGAUGGACCGCAGUGAUUCUGUCGUAGGGGACGAUUUGACGCUUCCUGUCGAUAUCAACGGAAGCUGCAGACUGCCAGACUCCAUAAACGCUGGAGAGAAUUCUACAGACAGCAUGACAGCUCCAACCUUCCCUGAUAAGAUGUCGCCCAUCAAAGCUCUGACCAUGAAGGACUAUGAGAACCAAAUCACUGCUCUGAAGAAAGAAAACUUUAACUUGAAGCUCCGGAUUUACUUCAUGGAGGAGCGCAUGCAACAGAAAUGUGACGACUCCACUGAAGACAUUUUCAAAACGAACAUUGAGCUGAAGGUGGAGCUGGAAUCUAUGAAGCGAGAGCUGGCAGAGAAACAAGAGCUUCUUGUAUCAGCAUCUAAAGCUUUAGAGAGUUUGGCGGGUCGAGAAUCAGGAGAACCCCAUCGUGUGAGAGAGCAAGCACAGAGGGAGAUGGAUGCAUUAAGAGAUGCAUUCACUAAAAGGAUAGCUGACCUGGAACAGUGUUUGCGAACAGCAGAGGAGGAGGUCGAGAGCAUGGCAGCCAUUGCUGAACAGGAGAAGCUUAGGAGUAUAAACAUGGAGAAGCAGCUCCAGGUUCUCGAUUCAUCAGGUGCCUUUACACCUGCUGUUCCCAAAACGAUCCAAGACCUGCAGCAGACUCUGCGGGAGAAAGACAAUAUAAUUGAGCAGCUCAAGGUUAAUUUAAAGAACCAAGAAGCUUUGAUCCUUCAGAAGGGCAACACAGACCAAGAGACAGAUGCACCAACAGCUAAACAGCUGUCGGAUCUUAUCGCAGAACAAGAUCAGGAGCUUAAGGCUCUAAAGGAGGCGCUGCAUAAAGAGAAGGAGAAAACACAGCCAGACCAGGAGGUUGGUGAUGGUCACGUUAUAAGAUUGGAGUCCAUCAAUAAAGUGCUGACUGAAGAACUCAACCAGGUAAAAAGCACCAAUGAAAAUCUGACAAAAACACUGGAGGAUUCCCAGAAUCAGAACAAGAGCCUGUCAAUGAAGUUGGAGGAGCAGGAGAAUGAACUAGACUCUGAGAAGAAAAAUGCUUUGAAGCGAGAUAAAACAAUCCAGGGUCUUACUCAGGUCCUUGGGAAAAAGGAAAAAGAGAUUGAGGAACUUUGUCAGCAGAUUGAGGACAGAGAUGAUGCUUUGACUAAGGCUAGAGAGGCAGCACAUAAAGCCCAAUUACAGAGAUAUCAGGGAGCUGAACAGCACCAAAGCCUGUUGAUGGAAAAACAAACAGAGUUGGCUCAACUUCAGGGAGAACACCAUGUCAAGGUUCUUGAAGCCCAAAAACUUCAGCGUGCCCUGGACAGGAAAGAGCAGGAGCUGGCUGACUUGCAGCAGACAAAGGACCAGCUCGAUGUGGAACUGGAAGACCUGCAGCAACAGAAGAAGAAAGGAGACAAAGCCCUAAAUGAUCUUAACAAUCAGUUGAAGAAGCUGAGUGGUGAGAUGAAGGAACGGGAGAGUGCUCUUGAGCAGCAGUACCAGGAGUUGCUGGACCAGACAAAAAGAAAACUGCAGACACAUGAAGCCACCGUCCAGAGACUCACCACCACCCUGUCUGAUAAAGAGCAGCAGCUACAGGAGUACAUAAGUAUGAUCAGAGACUUGGAGCAAAACAGAAGUCCUGGCAGUAAUGACAGCAUGCUUACCAAGCUGCGGCAAAGGCUGAAAGAAAAAGAGAAUGCUUUGGAGCAAGCACUAGAUGAGAAAUUUGCUGCCAUUGAGGAGAAAGACAACGAGAUUCACCAUCUGCAGCUGUUGCUAAGAGAAAAGGAAAGAGAUUUAGAUAGACUCAAUAAUUUACUCACUCAUAAUGAGGAAACCAUUAAUAGUUUUGACAGUUUAAUCAAGGAGAAAGAUGUGGAGCUGGAGCAUCUUGCAAACACUUUAAAGAACCUCCAGAGAGCCAAGCAAGAUGUAGAAGACAAUUUAAACAGAUCUCUGAGAGAAAAAGACACUAUCAUCAACCAGCUGCAGCUCUUAUUGGAGGGCAAGACAAAAGAUAUGGAAGAAAUGUCUGAAUCUACGCUGAACCAGUCACAGACACAUGCACAGGACCUCACUGAGCAAAUGGGCCAGAGGUUAAAGGUCACAGAGGCUAUGUUGGCUGAGGCUGUGAAAGCCAGAGAAAGACUAGUAUCUGACAAUGAGAGUGCUGUGGAGGGGCUGCUGGCUACAAUUAGCAGUAAGGAUCAACUUGUCAAGGAGUCUGCUGAGCAUUUUAACCGCAUGCUGUCUGAGCGUGCUCAAGAGAUUCAGGAACUGAAGAAGCAGCUGGCUGAGAAGCAACAGGAGCUUGCUAAUGCUGAGAAGCAAAUCUCCUCAACAGUCCAAAAGAGUUAUUUAGAGGCUUCAGAACUCAAAGCUCUGCUUGCAGACAAAGACAGCCUCAUUGACAAGCUUUUGCAGCGUGGUCAGGAGAGAGACCAGUUCCUAUCAGAGAUCAGUCGGAAGACGGAACAGGAUCAUGUAUUGGAGCUUAGGCAAACCAUCCAGAUCAUGCAAGUAAAGCUGGAUGAAAGGGAAGCUGAGCUGUCCAGGAGAAGUAGUGAGGAUAAGCAGGAGAACUACCCACUUUCCAAGAAAACAGUUGUCCUAAAGGAGGAGUUGGCACAGAAAACUAAAGCGCUCAACGAAGCUCUGAAGAGGGAAAAUGAACUCAAGAUUUCUCUGGCUGACCUCCAGUCAUUGCUGUCUGAGCUUGAGGGUCGCAUUGAAGGUCAGGCUGCUAACAUCGAUUCCUUGACUGCCACUUUGAAGACCAAGGAGGAAAUUAUCAAUGUCCUCCACCAGCGUCUCGGUCAGGGGGGUCACAGCCGAGCUAACACCCAGGAUUGUGUGAUUGGCUCCGAUAUGGAGAGGUCCCUACCUGAACUCCCUCAGAGAGAGAGAACAAUGAUAGGAGGAGACAGCCAGCAAGAAACUUUGCCCAGCUUUGUAGUCUUACACCAAGAGCAUGAUGCUCUAAACAGAGCCCUUAGAGCGGAACAACAGCUCUACUCCAGCUUGGUUAGGACUGUGAAGGAGCAGGACAGUGCUCAGCGUCUUCAUGCUCUGCAGCUGGAACUGACAGCAGUGCAGCUUCUCAGGCAGCAGCUAGAAGACAGCAUCAAAACUAAUGAGGAGCUGAGGGAUGACUUGGAGAAAGAGAUACACAGGGCCAAACUCAGAGAAGGAACGGACCUGAUUGAUCCUAAAGAGCUGGAGAGCGUGAGACAUCAGCUUGAGGAUGCUCAGCGCUGGAAUGCAUCCCUGCAGGCUCGCUUGGGAGCAAUUCAGAACCGAGGAGGUGGUGUUGGUGGAGCCAAUGACAGUGGUGACACCUUGAGUUUCAUUGGAGAUCAGACUUCCUACAUGAGUAUCUGUGUGGGUGAAGGCGCAGAUGAUAGCUUGUCUCAACUUUCUGUUCAGGAGCUCAAACAGAAGGUGUUGGAUCUGCAGGAUUGUGUGGACGGACUCCAAAGUUCAAACAGUGAGCUACAGAGCAGGCUGUCACAAGUGGAGAAGUCAGAGCGUGAUGCUUGUGAACAGGAGGGCAAAGAUCUGACUAGCAGAAGCCAAUGCAAACAGCUUGAGAAGACGCAUGAGAUGCAACCACUGGCUCACAGUAACAGGGUACGUCUUCCUGAUCAGGAUAAGGAGAGCCAAACAAACAUGGACACAGAAGAGAUGACAGCUGCAAAACUGUUGCCUAAUGACGGCAAGGACAGUUGGUAUUGCCAGAGUAGAGAGCAUGCUCACUCUGACACAAGCCUCAUGGACACCAGAGAAAACACAGAGAGGAACACGGAUGUACCGACGCUUAAAUCUCUGCUGACGGAUUGUGGCUCCACCUCAGUCGUGGAUUUGAGAGAGGAGCUGCUACGUCUUCGAUCUGAAAAUGCAAAGCUGCAGGGUGUCCUUAAGGAACAGAAAUCUACGGAGUGUAAAGAAAAAGAGAGCGUAGAUAUUUCAGGGAACAGCAGCGAUGGACAGGCUGAACUGAGAAAGAGUUUGGAAACUCUGCAAGCUGAACCUAAUCACAAUUUUAAGGACAGCAAACUGUUGAAGGAAAGAGCAGAAAAGUCAAAUGGAAAGAAUUCUGUCAGCACUGCAGAGGAGAUGGAUAGUCCAAAACCUCAACAUCAGACACAUAGCAAGAGGGCAAAGCAGCUUGUCACAAGACACAGGACUGCUGUCAAAUCUCGCCUCCCCGUGCCAGUCAGGCAUAAAAUGGAGGGAAGCAUCAGCAGGCAGUCUGUGAGCUACGACCAGAUGCAAACUGAGACACAUCAGCAUCUUAAUUUGGAUAACGUCUUUGGUUCUGAUCAGGAAUUGCAUACUGACUCUGAUUCUGCACAAGAACUCCGCACACCGCCUUCCUCCACUUUGAGAUGUGCUCAAACUAUCUGCAGUCCAGCAGGGUCUGACAAGGGAUCUGAAGCUAGAAUAUUAGACAAUCACUCCCAGGGCGAGUCAGCUCUUCUUACUCAGCUUGAACUUCUCCACCAGGAGUGUCAGGAAAAGGAGGUCCUUAUCAACAAGAUGAGCAAGCAGCUUACUGAUUUAGAAGAGCUCCAUGCUCAGCUUCAGGAAAAGGAGAGUCUGAAUUUCCAGUAUACAAAGGCUUUACAGGCUGCACAGUCCACCAUCGCUUACCUGACGGCCUGCAGUUUGGAUAACCAGGGGGGACUGGGUUCACAUGCAGGUUUAGGUGCUGUGGAUUCUGUUGCUGACCUCCACAAUAGAUGCAUGGAGUUGCAGAAAGCCCUACAAGAGAAGGAGGAGCUUAACAACCAUCUUAUUGAGCUUCUGAACAUGGCGGAGAAAGCCAUCACCUCCUCUCACAGCCAAAGUUUAAACCCAGAAGCUAGAGAUCUUUGCUUACAAAUAGAGAGUGCUUUACAUCAGGUAAAUGCAUCUUCAGACACAGAUAGCCCAAGAAAUAUCUUUAGCUAUUCUGAGGAAUCUCUGCAUGAACUGCAGCGACAUGCGGACUCUUUGCAAAAGGCUCUUUUGGAACAGAGUAGGUUCAAUGCAGAGCUUCAGGAACAGCUGAGGGCUGCAAAUUCUGCUGCACAAUUGGGCCACAUCAGUAACAGUGUUCCUCUAAAUGACACCAUCUCACGGCAGAGAGCAGCAACAGAAGAGUCGAUUGAAGAAGAAGCGGCUGAGGAACACCCUGGUACAACAGGAGGUUUUGAUAAUGCUACUUUAAAUCAGGAGUUAAGCUUUUUAAUGAACUGCUUCAGUGCAGCAGAGUCUACUGUGUCCUCUUUAGCAGCUCACUGUGAUAAUGUAGGCUCGUUGACACUUGACAAACCAGUGGAAAUCAGCCCUGACCUGCAAACAAAUUUGGACAAUCUUCAGCGAGUCCUGCUGGAGCGAAGGCAGCUGGUUGAACCUACUCACCCAAAAACCAAAUCUAAAGCAAGUUUCUCCUCUGCUUCAAACAAAACAGAAGGGCUGAAGCUCCAUGAAGACCUCUGCCUCCUCGUCAAGAUGUUCAGUGAUUACUCUCAGAGGAUAUCUGAUCUGCAGACUGCUCUGCAGGAGGAGAAGGCCCACACAAAACUGAGUGAGGGCCACAGGAUGGUACAGGAUGCCAAGGGAUUACCACCAAAUGUUAAGCUCCAACUGGAGACUUUACAUAAAGCUCUGAGGGAAAAAAAGAAAACGUGUAAAACCCUGGAGGAGAAACUGGCCACUGCUCUUACCAAGACGCCCUCUCCUGAAACUGCACCAAAAGCUCCUGAGCAGGGUGACAAAAGCGUGCAGGUGGAUUUGCAGGACCUGGGUUACGAAACCAGUGGCAAGAGUGAGAACGAUAGGGAAGAGAACAGUAUCACAGAUCUAGAGGUGGGUGUGAAUCACAGCUGCAGUCCGUUCAGUCUGCCUCCACUGUUCAAACAUGAACAAGCCAACUUCUCUUCCACGGAACACUUGGAAUCAACCUCCAGCACUCCGUACCCUAGUUCCCCAGCUCUCAGCUCAGCUAAGGUCAGUCUGAAAGGCCUGCAGGUGUAUGAUGAGUUUGGUGUUUCAGAGGACCCUCUUCAGCUUCAAGCACAAGUCAGAGAGCUGAAGGUCCAGCUUGAAAACCAGACAAAACUCAUCCUUCAAAUGCAAAGUCUCCUGCGGAGGAACUCCCUCACCAGUGACGUGGCUGCCAACACAUCGGAUCUCCUCAGCAUCAGGGAACAGGACAACACACAAAAAGUAAACCAAGAGAAGAGUGGGCAACUACGAAAGACAAAUGAAGCAGAAAACCAGCCAGUGAAAGACAGAGCUACUCGUCUGAAUUUGGACCUGGAGAAGGAGAAGACACAGAACCAAAACACGAAUGAACUACAGCAAACACGCAGCGACUCCACAUCACCUGCCAGGCUGGAUUCUUUGGUGCAGUCACAAGCCAAGGAGCUGUCUCAGCUGAGGCAGCAGAUCAAGGAGAGCCGCAGGCUGGGAGAUCUGCAGCGUAGGCAGUUGGAGGAGCUGAACAAGGCCUUCAAAGAUCUGCUGCAUGCCAGCGAAGUUGACGAUUUCAUGGGGGAGGUUAUCAAAGAAAAGUUGGACAAGAGUCUGAGCCUUCUAGACAAGCUGGAGGGACGACUGGACAGAGAGUCUCACGUGGAAAAUGAGGAUUCAGCAGCUCUUGAACUGUCUCACAGGUUGGCUAAAGAGCUGCAGGAGAAGAACAGACUCAUCCAGAGCCUGCAGAGUCAGAUCAGAAGCAGAAGUCCCAGCAGCCACCACAGCUCUCACUCUGAUCUGUUCCACUCAGACAUGUCUUCGUCCUGUCACAGCAGCCCCUCCACACAAGGUGGCAGUCGAGCACACAGCCAGCAGAACUACACUUACAGGAUAGGAGCAGCUGACCCUCCUGUAGGAGGAGCUCAGGAAAAAGUUGUGUCUGACCACAUCAACAAUGCCAGCAGACUGCAAGACCUUCAGAGGGAGAACGGACUCCUGCAGGAGCAGCUUAGAAGCAGGGAGGAGCUCAACGCCACCCUACGCAGUGAACUAGAACUGCAUCGCUCAAUUAUGGCCCAGGCCAGUUCUCACCACCAGGAGCAGGAGCAGGGCCAUGACCAGGAGGUCUCAGGGCCUCAAACAGGAGCACAGAAACAAGACGGAGACAUCAGCUCCCCACAGACAGCUGGAGAACAGCCUCACAUGAUGAAUUCAGACCUGCUGGCAGAACAUUUGCAGGAAAUCAGAGCUUUACGACAACGUCUCGAAGAAAGCAUUCGCACCAACGACUGCCUGAGGGAACAGUUGGAGAGGAGGCUGGCUGAGGUGGAGAAAGACCCAGCAGCCACAAACAUUUUUAUUCACGGCAAUGACGAGCAGGGCCAGCUGGUUAACGAGGUGCGAUAUCUCUGGGAACAAAAUCAAACCCUAAAGGAACAGCUCAGCGUAGGAUCUCGAGACAAGCAGAAAGAGAAUGAGAAGCUCCGGGAGACUCUGGCCAGGCGGACGGCCAAACUGGAGCAGAGCAGGAAGGAGUGUGAAGCUCUGAAACAGGAAAACGUCCGACUGCAGGAGAGACUGGAGCACUGCAGCCAGGAAAACUCACUGCUGCAGAAUUCUUUACACUCCAGAAAAGAGGAGUUGCAAAGGUGCGCACACAUUCACAAUGAUUCACAGUUAUUCCACAGCAAACUGUUCAUGGAGCAUGCAGCUCUGAAUAUUUCCUUCUUCAGAGCUGUUCUCUUGUGCAACCUGAAACUACACACAGCUACUAAUUACCAACCUUACCAAUCUGAAGAGUCAUUAUUUCCAUUAUUCCAAAGCACUGUGACUUUGAAAUGUGACUCUCUUCUGUCAGAGAUCAAACAUCUGAGGCUGCAGCUGGAGAGGAGCAUCCAGACCAACACAGCUCUGCGACAAAAACUGGAGGAGCAGCUGCUCCGAGGACCCAACCGUUCUGAGACUAUCAACAUCAACUACCUGCUGUCCUCUCCAGAUGAAGGGGGCAGGUCACCUGGCCGUGAAGCCUGUGAUCCUCUACGUCACUCAUUCCAGAGUCACCAUGAACACACAAGUGUCCUCCACGUCUUCUCAGAUGUGGAGCACUACACUCGGUCAGAGGUGGAUGGUUCAGUCUGCAGCAGCUCUGGUGACAGCAUCUCUGCUGCUCCCUCUCGGCUCGUCCCUGGUCACCGGAUGUGGGCCAAUCGCAACGGACGCCACAUUCUGGGUCUGAUUGAAGACUACAACGCCCUCCGCAAGCAGAUCUCAGACGGUCGUAAACUGUCGCACAGCAUGGACACUCAGCUGCAGGAGUGUCUGCACAUUUUCAGACAGCAGAGCUCUGAUGACAAGGUAAUAGAAAGGCAACAUCUGAAAAGUUUAUCCAGCAGCUCAAACACCAUGCAGCAAGUGUUAGAGGAGGCUGGCCGACUGCUCAAACUGCUGUGGAGAAUCUCUCUGCCAGCUGGUUACACAGAGGGAGGCGGCAGCAACAACCAGCAGGAUGAGCUGCUGAAAAACGAGAUAACCAGACUGAAGAACAGGCUGUCGCAGCAGGAGAGGAUGCUGAGCGGAGCUGUUAAACGUCUGCGUACCACCAACCAGCUCAAAGAGGGAAUGGAGAAAGUCAUCAUUGACCAGUUGUCUUUAACCCAUGGAGUGUUGAAGAAAGCCAGGGGGAAUUUAGAGACAAAUUAUUAUAGCCUCUUUGGUCUGAAAGGCCUGUCUGGAGGACCAGGCGAAGGAGGUCCCGGUCAAUGGCCAUUAAUGGACAUGAAGUUCACGCAGCCCGAGUAGACAAGUUUCUCCAUUUCUACAAACUGAAGGAAGAAUCGUCAGAUCUUCACAGCGAUGCAUCUUUGCAUUGCUGCUACUAAACCUUCAGGUUUAACACCCAGUCCUGCCUGUAUUAAUGUUGCUUCUUAAACAUGUUCCUG